CAUAAAAAUAAAUUAAAAAAUUGACAAAAAUAAAAAAAAUAUAAUAAUAACGCGGUUGGGCCCAAACAAGAUAGGGAAACCCCCAACCCGAAAAUCGGUGACAAAAAAACGUCGAAUUGCAAUGUUUUUGUUUCAUAAUCAACGCCUCUUCGUGAUUGAAUUGAUCGAGAUCCUGCUGCUGCUGCUGCUGCUAACCGACCACAAUGGACGACUGACACUAACCAAGGAACCGACAACAGUUGCUGCCGUCACACAACCGAAGAACUCAUCCACCCUCACACCGUUUCUGCAAAUCCAGAAGCACGCCGUCACAAGACUGACCAUCAGCAAGCCCCACAGCUUCUACUACCUGCCAUGCAUACCCAUCCUCUCGCCCUACAACUACUACCAGGACAACCAGCCCAUCUACUGCACCUGGUAUCGGAAUGACGCGGUCAUCGAGCAAUUGUCCAUUCGCAAGAAUGACUUCUUCAUCUUCGAGAAUGGGACGCUGCGUCUGCCGCCGAACGAGAAGGCCACCGGCGCCUAUCGAUGCAAGAUUGAGUGGGAUGAGUCGGCGGUAAUAUCCGACCUCAUCACGGUGGAAUAUCCAGUCCUCAAACGAGUCUUUUUGGGUCAACAGCAGCAGGCCAAUAUUAGUGCUGUGGAGGACAAGCCCCUGGUCCUGGGCUGUCCCUUCCUGAGCGUGCCCCCCGCCCGUUUCAGCUGGUAUUUUGGCAACGAUUCCCUGGCUAAUGACAACAGUGCUCUUAUCCUGUCCAAUGGCACUCUGAUAUUGCGGAAGUUACGUCAGGAGCAAGCUGGCAAGUACAAAUGCGUGGCCCAGAAUACUUUUGCCAACAAGGGCCACCGCCAGUUUAUCUGGCAGCUGCGCGUGGAGGCCAAAGGCGAAGAGACGGACGUCCUGGACCAGGAGGAGCGGGAGCAUCCGGAGACGGCGGUGUCGGAGGCCCAGCUACUGCCGGCCUUCCAGAAUGCUACCGUGUAUGUGCCCGCCGGCGGGUCGGUGUUGCUGCAGUGCCACGCCGUGGCCGACUUUGUGCCCAUUGCGUGGUAUCAACUGCAUCCGAAUAAGACCGUAGUCCGGCUAAGCAACAAUAGCGUGGCUCUGGCCAUCAAAAACGCCAGUUACGAGCGCCACGAGGGCCACUACAGCUGCAUAACACCGCUGGAAACCCAGACAUUCCACGUGAUAGUGACCACUCCGCCGAGAAUUGUUAGCCGGUUGCCUGUGGAACUGGUCUUUAUAAGCCUAUCGAAAACCCUAACCUGCCGGGCGGAAGGUCAUCCGCAGCCCAGUAUCACCUGGUACCACAAUGGUGUCCAGCUGAAUAGCUCCUACACGCGCUACAUAAACGGCAACGAACUUCACAUCCACUCCUUUGACCCCAUGGAGGAGGGCAUCUACCAGUGCAUGGCGAGAAAUGUGGCUGGCGAGGAUUCCGCCACGGGUGAGAUGCGUUUCAAUCCCCAGCCGGAGCAGGCCAAUCCCCUGCAGAACAUUCGCUGCUAUCCGCACAGCUUUCACACCAUUAAUAUAACCUUCGAUAGCCGGACCCUGGAGUCCAUGUUUGUGGUGUACAUUGUGAGGAGUAAUCCGCAUAGCUGGAUGUCGUUUGCGCCGAUGAAACUGAAUCAGACCUCGUUUGUGGUCAUAUCCACUAAUCUGCCAGUGUAUCGACCCUUUGCUCUUAUCACCAGGUUUCUCUAUCCCACCUCCGAGGUGAGAUCUGGAACAGCGGUUCCGCAGCAAACGAUUCUCAGUUCGCUGCGGAGUCCAGCGGUCACCUGCUGCACCCAGGGAUUGAUGCUGCGACCCAUAGCCGUGGGCAAUGACACGUUCGUAAAGUGGUCCCAGGGCGAGUUGGAAACCAAAAAGUACUUCAUACUGCAGUUUUCCGUCAAUCAUACGUACCCGCAUCCCUCCCAGCUGCUGAACGGGCCUCUUCAUGGCACCCUAACGCCGGUGGAGGAGAAGGUGGAUGAAGUGCGUCGCCAUCUGACGAUAAUCCAGCCCCUGAAUCAGUCGGCGGCUGCCACAGUGCUGAGAAAUGCAGAGCACGAGGUGUUGGACAAUGAAGUGGAUGACAUGACGCUGGAGCUGGAAGAGGACAUCUUUAGCUUGGUGGUGGAUGCCAGUGUGACGGGAAUGCUGCUGCAGCGCUUCACUCGCAUCAAGAUGAGGGUUCUAAUCAUCACCAGCGAGAACGAGUUUCUGGGCCAGGACUUUCGCUACGUUCAGUGGAAGAUUAUCGAGAAUGGCACCUCGGAGCAGUCCAACAUGCCCUUUCGACUGGUUACCAUCGAGUCCCGGGCAUUGACCUUCAAGUUCCUGGAGAGCCUAAACGAGACUUGUGUGUCGGAGUGCCACAUGUUCAUACCGCCGCAGUUUGCAAACCAGGAGCCCAAGUGCACGGAUCGGAAUAUCUCCAACUCCAUGCUGUUGGUCACCGAUCUGAAGGCGGACCAGCGCUAUAAUCUGCACUUUUACAAUUGCAAAACUCGCAUCUUCUACGGCGAGUUGGAUGUCAAGACGGAACAGGAUCCUCCUGGCACCAUCAGCAACUCAAAGCUGAUUAAGCAGAAUGGCGGCCUGAAACUUAUAUGGGAUCCACCCGUCAACCCCAAUGGACGCGUCCACCACUACGACAUCAGGUGGAGCCUGGACAAUGUCACCCAUGAGGCCAUUGUUAAGGAGUGCAAGCAUUGCUUCUAUAAGUUUCCCAAUGUCUCGGACACAGCCAAAAUCCAUGUGGCUGUCCGGGUAAUGGGCGACACAGGAGCCGGUGCUCCCAUUUACUUUGACAUGGUGAGAAACAACCACACCCUGCUGGAGGAGGACCACGAAUCCUCUCGGUCAGAAGUCUACAGCGGCAUAGCCAUCGGAUCGCUGCUGUCCAUCGUCUGUGUCAUGCUCUUCGGAGUGUUUAUAAUCUUUCAGCAGCGGCGCUUCAAGGCGCGCGCCCAGGGGCCCUCCCAUCUGACCACGCCCACGGACAUCAACUUCGGUAAUCUGAGCAGUGCGUCGGGAAUACCGGGAGACAGUGCCGGGGGGCUGAGUGGAGGCACACUGCAGCAGGAUUGCCACGAAAUGCAGACACUCAUUCCGCGGUCGCGCUACCACAUCGAAUUGCUGCCGGAGCACACACUGGAAUACCAGACGAGUUCGGCGGCCGCAGCAGCGGCAGUCGUCCACCUGACCAAUGGCAACGGGAGCGUGCAGGUGGCCAGGCGGUCGGAUCAGGAGGAUCUGAGCAUUGCCGGGGUGCACAAUCUGUCGCAGCUGCCGCUGUGUCAGUCCACGUCGCCGGAACGGAAGACCGUGCAGGAUGCCAUGCGGCAGGAGGCGAAGGCCUUCUACAUACCCUAUCGCCACGCUCCGCCGAACGCCGUGGCUCUGAGCGGCGGGGGCCACAAACAGCGGGCGGCCAGCAACUCCGAGCUGGAGGUGGUGGUGCCGCCGAACUCGCUUCCUUUGGUCUCCACAAUGCCGGGCUUGGGCGGAGGAGGCACGGGAAGUGCCGGCAUUAAUGGAGGUGGAGGUGUCAGUGCUCGACGCAGCGGAAGUCUGAGCAGCAGCAGCGCCAGCAGCAGCAGCAACGGCUCCAGUAAGAAGCAGUUCCACACCAACUUUGUGCGCCACUCGAAUUCCAAUGACGGCAUCUGCCUGCUGGCCGAGGAGGAGGCUGCCGCCACCCUGACACCCACCUCGGAGCGCGAGUAUGCGGCUGUCUGCCUCACCAAUGGUUUCAAGCUGCCCGCCGAUGUGGCCAAAACGGGCAGCACCCAUUACAGCACCAACAACAACAACAGCAGCAGCAGCAGUAGCAACAGCAGCAAAACCAGUGGCGCCGGUAACAAAAGUCAGAAAGCCGCAGCUGCCGGCUCCGGCUGCGGCGGGCCGGCAAAGGAUCGGCCGCGUCGAGGCAACGGUAAUCCGAUCUCGUUCGGCCACUAUGCCACAUCCAUAGUUCCUGCCAACGGACCCGCAGCAGCAGCAUAUCCUGCGGCCGUUAACCACAACAACACAACCAGCAAACAGUCCUGGCCGGCGGCGACGGUGGCCCAUCGGAGGGCCCAGGUGGAUCCAAACGGGUGAAGCCACCAGCUGCCAGUUGAGGAAAAGUAUUUUUACGAAGCUACCACAUAGAAGCAAACAAAACUACAUAAGUUACAAACAAAACUGAAAAACAUUCGCAGCUUGAAACAUUCCAAAAGAAAAGAGAAAAAAGGAAAUAUAUAUAUAUGUAGGAUCACAGUGCGUAUUAGUGAUGUUUAGCAUUUAUAAAGAGUACAUUUUAUAAAUGUAAAUAUUUAGAAACUGAAACUAUGGAACUAUGGGAGAAAUGAUAGUAUAAGCUGAUAUUUAUACACACACAUGCACACUUGUCUGCAAAAAACACAGUGUCUACAUACGCUAAGUUGUAUGCUAUAGUUUUUUUCUCGCGAUUUUACAUUUAUACUUUUUGUAUUUGUAUUUGUUUAGUUUUUGUUUGUUUUCGUUAAUUGAGGCUAAUUUUUAUUUGUAAUUUCUUUAAAAUACAUAAGCACAGGCAUUAUUUAUUGUUGCUUUCGAUGCAAAUACAUACAUAUAUAAACAAAUAGCUCAGCCCACAAGUAUGCAUUUCCAUAUUUGUCGCCAAUAAUUACUACGUUUAGCAAAAAAAGCAAUUACACUCACAUAGUAGAAAACGCAAACAGUACAGCCAAAAAACCACACACUCACACACUGCAAUAGACCAUACCAUAUAGUACACUCAACCACACACACCCACUCAAAUACCACCACUUAACCACAAUAGUCACAAGUGUUCACAUCGAUUUCGAUUUAAAACGUAAUGUAUUCAAUAAUAUUUGUAAUUUUAUUUAAUUUAUAUAUUUGUAGUCUUUUUGUAAUGUUAACGAAGAGUUUCAUUUCUGCAUAUUUACUGCUGCAUUUUGUUUUGUUUAUAAAACCGAUAUAUCAAAUGUACCUGAUUAUAUUCAUUUUGCAUUCUUGUUUUUUGUGCUCUCGUCCACACACACACACAUAUAAAAGCAAACACAAACACAACCCAUACAUGUAGACCCGUUAACACACACUUACCAAACUCCAAUUUGUGCACAUUCAUAUUACAUAACUAAUAAUAAGCCACAGAAUCCAUCGUAAUACUGCCGAAUUGUAUAUUAAAUUCACCAAUCGUACCUCGUUUGUGCAAAACCAACAAAACCUGUAGCUGCGCCAAAACAAGAAUAUCCACAAAAACGCACGCAGAGCCGUUUCCUGAGCUCCUGCUCCUUUUCCACUGAUAGUAUUUUUGAAAUGCAUGGGAAAAGCCAAUUCAGUCCGACACUGGCCGAACUGGCUUAAGAGCGAAAUGUGUGUUUUGUGAAUUAUUGUUCAGUGUGAAGCGAGAGGAUUGUUGCACCAACCAACCAACCCAUACCUAAAAUGUAAACCUAGAUGAAGCAUUCCACAAACGUAUGCAUUUCGCAGAUACAACAGA